GUUGGCCUCGCACCCCACUUCAGGGACAGUACAGCGCAGUGCAGUGCAGAGAAGUUUUACAUGGCGCGACUAAUGCGGCCUUUAAGGCAAUGGCCACAGCUUCAGCAGCAUUGCUGCUCCCAAGCACCAUCCAAUCAUUUACUGUCGUCAAUCCUACUACCAACACUAACCACUAAAAACUCUUGGUCGUGUUGUUUGUGUUUAACCUCAGUAGCUUCCUCUCGUCGGAACGUCCAUCACCGCUCACGCGGACUCAGACUACCAAAUGCUGCUACAACAUCUGAUCCCAAAGAAGAUGACAACACAAGCGACUCUGAUUCCGAGCUAAAGAAGAGCCGCAAUCAAAAGAAGCGCGAGGCUAAGCGCGCUGUCCAUUGGGGCAUGGACCUUGCCGCCUUCUCCACUCCUCAAAUCAAACGCAUCCUCAAAGUGGCUUCUCUUGACCAAGAUGUGUUGGAUGCUCUAAUGCUAGUUAAGAGACUUGGGCCUGAUGUUAAAGAAGGAAAGCGGAGGCAGUAUAACUAUAUAGGUAAACUGCUGCGGGAAGUUGAACCAGACUUGAUGGAAGCAUUAAUUCAGGCAACAAAAGAUGGAGACCAUCAUACGCUGCAUGCUUUAGCUGGCUCAGAGGCAAAAAUCAUUGGAGAUGAUGACCAAGAGUCUGAAGAAAGUGAGAAUGAGGAGGAAGAAGAGGAAUCACUUGAGCAUAUCAACAAGGCAACUAGAUGGUUCGACGGCCUGAUAAGUAAGGAUGUUCAAAUUACAAAUGAGGUUUACUCAAUUCAGAAUGUUGAUUUUGAUCGUCAGGAAUUGCGCAAACUUGUGAAGAGAGUACACGCAAGUGAAGAAAGCAGGACUGUUGUUGAAGUAAAUGAAAGGGAAGUUGAUGCAGCAAUUAUAAGUGCCAAAAAGUCCCUCACUCGUUUUCUUCGCAUCCUUGCCAAGCGUAUAGCGGUGGAUGAUGUCUAAUUAAUUUUGUAUAUAGCAUCAUUAUUAUUCUUUU